AUAUAUAUAUAUCAAUACUUAAAGCGGUUUUCUGUGCACCAAAAACCUUGUGUAAACCUUCUGGUUUGUUGAGCUUUCUGUUGUUUUGCGCAUCAUCGCUUCACCAUGCCUGGAGAAUUGAGGGACGAAUUCGACAAGGAUGCCCGACGGAUGAAGCAGGAACUAGCCAGGAACUUUGUUGCUUCUAUCGGAGGAAUGGAGGAGGAAUCCCCCAAGGACGGAAGAUCGAAGGACGUAGCUGCCUUGGUCGGAGGAACGCAGAAUGUAUCCACCGAGAACGCAGAAUCGAAGGAUCUAGCUGACUUGGUCGGAGGGACGAAGAACAUAUCCACCGAGAAAGGAGAAUUGAAGGAUGUAGCUGCUUUGGUCGGAGGAACGAAGAACGUAUCCACCGAGAACGAAGAACUGAAGGACGUAGCUGCCUCGGUCGGAGGAACGGAGAGCGAAUCCACCGAGAGCGGAGGAUCGAAGGACGCAGCUGCCUCGGUCGGAGGAACAGAGAGCGGAGGAUCGAAGGGCGUAACUGGCUGGGUCAGAAGAACGGAGAGAGGAGGGUUGACGGAUGUAUUCUCUGAGGAGGGAAAAGAGGAGGACGAAUCAAGCCUGUACGGCUUCGAGCGAGAGGAAAUGUAUAAAAUCCAACUUGAGGGAACGGUUAGACCUUACCAGCGCCACUUCUUCCUUUGUCACAGGACUUAUGACACCUGGCCGGUAUGGUUCAAUCAGAAGUCGGCCGAUCUGCUCCCUCAGUUGUUUACCAAUGAGCACCUAAUGGCCCUAAGUAAGGCUCCUAUGGAGAACCGCCUGACUAUAUGCGAGAGAAACAAAUUUGCGAGGAUCUACGAUGGAGAUGUCCUCAUAUUUCCUGACAUGCACGUAUACAGGCGCAUGAAACCCGCACAAAUCAGAGGAUUUGUAGAUGAAGUGAUGAUUAGGGGCAAGAGGUGGUCAUCUGGGGAGUUGGAAGAGUUGACUGGUUCAUAUAUCUUUAUAUGUGCUCAUAAAUUUCGAGAUAGAAGAUGUGGUGCUUGUGGCCCAGCAUUGAUAAAGAAGUUCAACCAAGUGAUUGAAGCCAAGGAUUUGAAACGUAAGGUGUUUGUGAUGGGCUGUUCACACACAGGAGGAAACAGGAAUUCAGGCAGCUUUGCAGGCAAUGUGAUUAUUUUCAGUCGUGAUUCCAAGGGAAAGAUUGCUGGCAAUUGGUAUGGAUACGUUACGCCUAAGGAUGUUCUUGAAUUAGUUGAGAAACAGAUCAUAAAGGGUGAAAUCGUUGAGAGGCUUUGGAGGGGCCAAAUGGACACCACUACCAGCAAAUAUGAUUACUCAAGUGAGGCCUUACUUGAUAGCCACAACCCACCAAAAAGAAACACCUCCUGGAUUCCGACUAUUUUGUUGGGCAUCAUUUCAGCUGCUACGAUUGCUUAUGGCAUCUACCGAAGGAGGUGAAGCUUUCUUUAAUCUCUUUGCCGUGCUUACAUUUUACAAUAAAGAAAGAGCUAUAGUAAAUACUAAUAAUAGUACAAGUAAGUAGUCAUGAGUCUUGACCGUUGGCAAGAUUGAUCUCAUUAGAAGUUUCAUUACUCUGUUUUUUUUUAGCCUCUUGACAUUGAUAAUGCAGAUGCAUAAGGAGGGCAAUUGCAGUUUUUGCAAUGUAUGCUUCUCAAGAUUUUGAGCAUAUAAAUACACUAGUGAGUUCUCCAUUUUGGCAAUGAAACUUUAAACCCUAUAUAUGUUAAUACUAAUACAAUCCUAGAAUAGGAUAUGUGCCUACAAUAUAUUGUUCUAUUUAGUCUUAAUAGUUAGGUUGGAUCUAUAUAACCACC